GCGAAGGACCGCCACUGACAAGUGCUUGUUGGUAAGAACCCGCUUGGCGUCAAUACUGAGGAUCUUGGAGGUGGCUGUGGUUGAAGCAGGCUUCGGGGAGAAUUUGUAGGGGAGAAGGAGCCAUGGACGAUCAGGGCUGCCCCCGGUGUAAGACCACCAAGUACCGGAACCCCUCCUUGAAGCUGAUGGUGAAUGUGUGCGGACACACUUUGUGUGAAAGUUGUGUGGAUUUAUUAUUUGUGAGAGGAGCUGGAAAUUGUCCUGAGUGUGGCACUCCACUUAGAAAGAGCAACUUCAGGGUACAGCUCUUUGAAGAUCCUGCUGUUGACAAGGAGGUUGAGAUUAGAAAAAAAGUGCUAAAGAUAUACAAUAAAAGAGAAGAAGACUUUUCUAGUCUAAGAGAAUAUAAUGACUUCCUGGAAGAAGUGGAAGAAAUUGUUUUCAACUUGACCAACAAUGUUGAUUUGGACAACACCAAAAAGAAAAUGGAGAUAUACCAGAAGGAAAACAAAGAUGUUAUUCAGAAAAAUAAGUUAAAGCUGACUCGAGAACAGGAAGAAUUGGAAGAAGCCUUAGAGGUAGAACGACAGGAAAAUGAACAAAGAAGACUGUUUAUACAAAAAGAAGAACAACUGCAGCAGAUUCUAAAAAGGAAGAAUAAGCAGGCAUUUUUAGAUGAACUGGAGAGUUCUGAUCUACCCGUUGCUCUCCUUUUGGCUCAGCAUAAAGAUCGAUCUACUCAAUUGGAAAUGCAACUUGAGAAACCCAAACCUAUAAAACCAGUGACGUUUUCCACAGGCAUCAAAAUGGGUCAACAUAUUUCAUUGGCACCUAUUCAGAAGCUUGAAGAAGCUCUAUAUGAAUACCAACCACUGCAAAUAGAGUCAUGUGGACCAAAAGUUCCUGAGCUUGAGAUGUUAGGAAGACUUGGGUAUUUAAACCAUGUCAGAGCUGCCUCUCCACAGGAUCUUGCUGGAGGCUAUACUUCUUCUCUUGCUUGUCACAGAGCUCUACAGGAUGCAUUCAGUGGGCUUUUCUGGCAGCCCAGUUAACCUUUCUUUCCCAGUUUACAAGAUUUGGACCUAGAACCAGGAGUUAGCAAAAGUAAAGCAGGCUUGUAAAAUUACAGUCAUAUGCCACUGCACAGCAACAGUACUACCACUAGCAGCUGUAUUUGUAAAGAAAAAGUUCAGAACUAAGCUGAGUAAUAUAGUGGAUGCAUACUUGUGAAAAAGAUUGAUAUUUUUACUUAUAUUUUUCUGAGGGAUUGAAGCAGUAAGCCUUAUCUGGUGGAAGAUGUAAUUAAUUCACCUGUGGAUGUUUGAGGUUGACAGACUCGUAAAAUCUUUUUUAAAAUAAAGCUAGACUUUAUAUUAA